GAUUAUUGGCAUCCGGUCCACAUGUGACAAGUGACUGAAGUGACAAGUUGUCCAAAAUGAUGUUUCAGAUUCUGUCUCUGGUGGUCCUAGCUCUAGCCAGUGUCAAUGCUGAAUAUAAGCCUGAUUGUACAGAUCCCUGCACUUGCAAUGGUGUAAGCUGGAAGGGACAGUUCACUUAUCCUUUCAACUUCUCGUCGCAGGACACCAACAAGCAAACAUAUGAAUACGUGUUCUCUCCAUGUGGUGCCAAAAUAGAGUGUGGAAAUACAAAAAAGCCUGUUGUGAUUUGCCAAAUUGACCACUCUACCGGCUCAUAUGUUGUGGUUGGAGCUUCCAGUAGUGUAGUGUGGGCUUUUGCGAAUGAAUCUGACACAAACCACUUCACAGUGACGUACGGACAUGGAGAUGAAACAGUUGACGUUACCCUAGUAGGGCCAAUACCAAGGAAAGGGGUUGUAUCAGUGACAGUGACAUCACAAGAUUCUUCCUUUGUGUUCAGUAAAGAGACUACCCUGACCACUGCACUUGAAUAUGAAUUCAAUGCUAACAUCCCAUCUGGUGAUACUGGCGUACCUCUUGGAACUGUUGGGAUUGUCUUAAUAUGUUUGGUGUUAGGAGCAGUGAUACUGUACUUUAUUAUUGGUUCAAUCGUCAUGUUCCAAGUCAAGGGUGCACGUGGAAUUGAGGUGGUUCCCAACUACUCCUUCUGGAAAGAUCUCCCCUUUCUUAUCAAGGAUGGGGUUUUGUUCAUGUUUCAACCGUGUCGCAGUAAAAAGAACACGUACAGUUCACUUUAGUUAGAGAAAGUGAGGUGUAUUACUUGUAUUUUUAUACUGCUGUUCUGUGGUAGUUGCCUGCCUACGAUUGUUUAUUUGAGUUUAAUUCUAAUGAAAUUUUUUCUGUACCA